AUGACAUAUUAUGUGGUGUAUUUAACCUAUCAGAGUUCCCGCAGCAGCAGCAGUCACAGCACAGGAGGGGCCCCUGGCACAGCAUCUCUCACACAGCAGGAUGUGCUCAGUGGGUUGUGUUUUAAGAUAGGAGAUUCACGGCGCAGCACGGCGAGGGGUUGUUUCAACCACAACAGAGGUUUGAUGCAGAAGCUAGACGAUAACUAUCAGAGGAGAUACAGUAACAACAGCCGCAGUAACAACGGCCUCAGUAACAACAGCCUCAGUAACAACAGCCGCAGUAACAACACCCGCAGUAACAACACCCGCAGUAACAACACCCGCAGUAACAACGGCCUCAGUAACAACAGCCUCAGUAACAACAGCCUCAGUAACAACAGCGUCAGUAACAACAGCCUCAGUAACAACAGCAUCAGUAACAACAGUAACCCGCAUAACAACGGCCUCAGUAACAACAGCCUCAGUAACAACAGCGUCAGUAACAACAGCCUCAGUAACAACAGCAUCAGUAACAACACCCGCAGUAACAACAGCCUCAGUAACAACAGCCUCAGUAACAACAGCCGCAGUAACAACACCCGCAGUAACAACAGCCUCAGUAACAACGGCCUCAGUAACAACACCCGCAGGAACAACAGCAUCAGUAACAACAGCCUCAGUAACAACAGCCUCAAUAACAACACCCGCAGUAACAACAGCAUCAGUAACAACGGCCUCAGUAACAACAGCCUCAGUAACAACAGCCUCAGUAACAACGGCCUCAGUAACAACGGCCUCAGUAACAACGGCCUCAGUAACAACGGCCUCAGUAACAACAGCCUCAGUAACAACGGCCUCAGUAACAACGGCCUCAGUAACAACUGCCUCAGUAACAACGGCCUCAGUAACAACGGCCUCAGUAACAACGGCCUCAGUAAACACAGCCUCAGUAACAACGGCCUCAGUAACAACGGCCUCAGUAACAACGGCCUCAGUAACAACAGCCUCAGUAACAACACCCACAGUAACAACGGCCUCAGUAACAACAGCCGCAGUAACAACAGCUGCAGUAACAACACCCGCAGUAACAACGGCCUCAGUAACAACAGCCGCAGUAACAACGGCCUCAGUAACAACAACCUCAGUAACAACACCCACAGUAACAACGGCCUCAGUAACAACAGCCGCAGUAACAACAGCCGCAGUAACAACGGCCUCGGUAACAACGGCCUCAGUAACAACAGCCGCAGUAACAACAGCCGCAGUAACAACCGCCUCAGUAACAACACCCGCAGUAACAACGGCCUCAUAACAACAGCCGCAGUUAACAACAGCCUCAGUAACAACAGCCGCAGUAACAACAGCCGCAGUAACAAUCGCCUCAGUCACAACAGCCUCAGUAACAACAGCGGCAGUAACAACAGCCUCAGUAACAACAGCAGCAGUAACAACAGCGGCAGUAACAACAGCAUCAGUAACAACAGCGGCAGUAACAACAGCGGCAGUAACAACAGCCUCAGUAACAACAGCGGCAGUAACAACAGUGGCAGUAACAACAGUGGCAGUAACAACAGCCUCAGUAACAACAGCGGCAGUAACAACAGUGGUAGUAACAACAGCCUCAGUAACAACAGCCGCAGUAACAACAGCCUCAGUAACAUCAGCCGCAGUAACAACAGCGGCAGUAACAACAGCAGCAGUAACAACAGUGGCAGUAACAACAGCCUUAGUAACAACAGCCUCAGUAACAGCAGCGGCAGUAACAACAGCGGCAGUAACAACAGCCUCAGUAACAACAGCCUCAGUAACAACAGCGGCAGUAACAACAGCGGCAGUAACAACAGUGGCAGUAACAACAGCGGCAGUAACAACAGCCUCAGUAGUAACAACAGCCUCAGUAACAACAGCGGCAGUAACAACAGUGGCAGUAACAACAGCGGCAGUAACAACAGCCUCAGUAACAACAGCGGCAGUAACAACAGUGGCAGUAACAACAGCCUCAGUAACAACAGCGGCAGUAACAACAGCCCCAGUAACAACAGCGGCAGUAACAACAGUGGCAGUAACAACAGUGGCAGUAACAACAGUGGCAGUAACAACAGCGGCAGUAACAACAGCGGCAGUAACAACAGCGGCAGUAACAAUAGCGGCAGUAACAACAGCGGCAGUAACAACAGCGGCAGUAACAACAGCCUCAGUAACAACAUUCUCAGUAACAACAGCCACAGUAACAACAGCGGCAGUAACAACAGCCUCAGUAACAACAGCCUCAGUAACAACAGCGGCAGUAACAACAGCGGCAGUAACAACAGCCUCAGUAACAACAGCGGCAGUAACAACAGUGGCAGUAACAACAGCCUCAGUAACAACAGCGGCAGUAACAACAGCGGCAGUAACAACAGCGGCAGUAACAACAGCGGCAGUAACAACAGCCUCAGUAACAACAGCCUCAGUAACAACAGCCUCAGUAACAACAGCCUCAGUAACAACAGCGGCAGUAACAACAGCCUCAGUAACAACAGCCUCAGUAACAACAGUGGCAGUAACAACAGCCUCAGUAACAACAGCGGCAGUAACAACAGCCUCAGUAACAACAGCGGCAGUAACAACAGCCUCAGUAACAACAGCCGCAGUAACAACAGCGGCAGUAACAACAGCGGCAGUAACAACAGCCUCAGUAACAACAGCCUCAGUAACAACAGCGGCAGUAACAACAGCCUCAGUAACAACAGCGGCAGUAACAACAGCCUCAGUAACAACAGCGGCAGUAACAACAGCCUCAGUAACAACAGCCGCAGUAACAACAGCGGCAGUAACAACAGCGGCAGUAACAACAGCCUCAGUAACAACAGCCUCAGUAACAACAGCCGCAGUAACAACAGCGGCAGUAACAACAGCCUCAGUAACACCAGCCUCAGUAACAACAGCCGCAGUAACAACAGCCGCAGUAACAACAGCUGUGACUGCUAG